CUCUACACCCUACCUCAUGGAUAUUGGAUACAUACAUACGUAUAUAUAUACAUAUACUCCUACACAGACAGCGGCAGAGAUGUCGCAAGCAUGCUUACCUGCAACACAACAUGUAAACACAGUGUGGCUAGCUAGGCCAAUUACCUUUGGUGGCAAGAGCCAAAAGUAAGUAUCCAUCCCCCCUUCCCCCAUUUCCUUCCCCCCACCAAGAACCUUCAUAGUACUGCUACCACUCAUCACAUCUCCUAGCCAGACACUUCUUCCUCCUCUCUCCCUCUCCCUCUCUUCUUCAUCCUUAGCUUGCUCUUCCUCCUCCUCCUCCCCCCUCCCAUCCUCCUUUGAUUUCAGCCCUGAAUUGAAUAAUCCCAUACCACAACAGCCUAGCUACCUUGCACACAAACCCUUAUUCCUCAUCAGUACAGUUCUUCCGAUCCCUGGCUAGGUAAUUCACCAACUAACAGUAGCCCGCGCGCGCCGGCCAAAACAACAAUUAAACCAAGAACCAAACCCUGCAAUUCUAAAUUAUUUUCCAAUCCUAGCUAAGACAUCCACUAAUAAUAUAUAACAAGCAGGAGGAAAUCCCCAAAGCAAGUCCUAUACUGACUAUAGCAACAGCACACCACUGUUUGCCAUCCAGCAGCAUACCAUAAGCUAGCACAUAGUAUACUACUGGUCAAAGUUCAAGGAAGCAGCAGGCCGGGCAGGAGGCAGGAGAGACAUCGUCUAUCGGCGUCCUACUUACCUCCACGCCUCGAUCGAUCUUGAUCGCUAGCUGGAGGCGACGAUGGAGUUCACCGCCGGCCCGGCGCCGUCGGGCGGCGGCGAGGAGCGGGCGCAGCAGGUGGUGGCGGUGGAGAAGGAGCACAUGUUCGACAAGGUGGUGACGCCGAGCGACGUGGGGAAGCUGAACCGGCUGGUGAUCCCGAAGCAGCACGCGGAGAAGUUCUUCCCCCUGGACGCGGCGGCGAACGAGAAGGGCCUCCUGCUCAGCUUCGAGGACCGCACCGGCAAGCCCUGGCGCUUCCGUUACUCCUACUGGAACAGUAGCCAGAGCUACGUCAUGACCAAGGGGUGGAGCCGCUUCGUCAAGGAGAAGCGCCUCGACGCCGGGGACACCGUCUCCUUCGGCCGUGGCGUCGGGGAGGCGGCGCGGGGCAGGCUCUUCAUCGACUGGCGCCGGCGCCCCGACCCGCCCGUGCACUACCACCGCCUCCCGCUCCCCUCCAUCCCCUACGCGCCGUGGGCGCAUCACCCGGCCGCGCUCGGUGCCAGGACGACGACGGUGCUCCACCUGCCGCCCUCGCCCUCCUCGCUCUGCUACGACUACGACUACGACUCCCGCCGCCGCCACACCUACGGGGCCCCCGGCAGCAGGCAGCAGCUGCUCUUCUACCGGCCGCACCAGCAGACCAUGGUGCUGGACUCCGUGCCGGUACGGAUACCGACGACGCCAGGGCAGCACGCGGAGCCGCCGCCUCCCGUGGCGUCGUCGGCCUCGAAGCGGGUGCGGCUGUUCGGGGUGAACCUCGACUGCGCCGGCUCCGAGGAGGAGAGCGGCGGCGGGAGGGCGCCGCCGCCGACGCAGGCCCAGCCGCUGCAGCUGCCGUCGCCGCCGUCAUCGUCGUCCUCCUCCUCCGGGAAAGCGAGGUGCUCCUUGAAUCUUGACUUGUGAAGAGGUCGUGGUCGUACGAUCCCCCGCUACAGCAUCUAGCUACUACUUCCCGGCCGACCGCUUCUGGGCUUCUGGCACGGCACAAAUGGUCGUCGUGGAGAGGAUGGAGAUCCAAGUAAACAAAGGCGGCGGUGGCCUGCCGGUGCAAGAGGAAUCAGAUCGGAGGAGCAGCAGCGACGACAGGCCCAGGCCAGCUACAAUUAAUCUUCGAUCGUAACCCGUAUAUAGCUCAUCUCGAUCUCUUAAUUUUCUCUAAUUAAGCUAGCAAUUAUUUCCGCGUGGGAAACAAGAAAAUUAAGAAGAAAGCAUCUGCAACAGAAAAUAUUUCUUGCUUCGAUUCGCUCGCUGUGAUUUCCUCGCUCGAUCGAUUGUGUGCUUGGUUAUUUUC